AUGGCAAAACGUAUUGACAAAAGAAAAAAACAGUUAAAAAGCAAUACAUCAAAAUUAUAUCCUCAGACACAGGAAAUCGAAAAAUCUAGAUUAAAAGCUUUACAGGCACAAAAUAGUGAAAAGUUAACAAUUUUAGAACAACAGGUAAGAACUUAUCAUUAUUUAUGCAUAUUGUAUUGUAUUCUCUAAAAUAUAUCCUAUUAUAAGCAUUUUAAAUUCAUAAACUUUUGCAAUUAUAACUAAUAAUAAGCGAUUUGCGUUUACUAAUUAAAUAACUUGAAAAUUUGAAAAUUAAUUUAAGUCAUUUAAAAAUCUGCCUUUAGUUUGGCAGAAUUAAAUAUCUAGUGAACGAAAUUGUUAAAAAUAAUGGAAUGGUCAAAAGUGGCAUAGAUGCAAUUUAAAUCUAUAGUUUCUCUAUUUAUCCAAAUUGUAUCAAACAUUUAAAGAUUUUAUAUACAUUACCCGUUUUAACUUCAAUUCCAGAUAUAAUAUUUUCAACAUUAAACGAGUGAAAACAUACCUAAAGAAUUCAAUGAAUGAAGUAUUGUAUUAAUAAACUCAUUAUUUAAAUAACCAUAUAAAACUAUUCGUAUUAUAUUUCAGAAUCGUUUAAAUGAAUUAACUUUGUUUGCUAUCCACAAUGAUGUAAGAUGUUUAUAUCACUCCAUAUAAAGUUAUAAACUAAUUGUCAAAAAACCAAGGAAAUUUGAAUUUGUUCUAUAGUUUUAUAGUUAUAUUGGUUAAAUAUUUAAAUUAAUUAAAAAUUUUUAAAAAUUUAAAAAAAAAAAUCUUAAUUUAUUACAUAACAUAAUUAAAUACUAAUUUAUUGUAUUUAAUAUUAUAAAUAUAAUAAAAUAUUAUUUAUCCCCCCCCCUCCUUUAAGAAAAAAUUUAGCAUAACACUGUUUCCUUCAUUCAAAUUUAAUUAUUAUGCAUUAUACUAAAAUAUAUUACAGUGUACGUAUUCUUAUGUAUACAUAAUAUUUUUUUUUUGUAAAUAUUUUGCUGGAAUAUAAUGAGAAUGGAGUGAGAGGGGGUUUUUGUUCUCUCCUAACCUUACCUACCUUAAGCGCAAAACAACUAAAUAUGUUUAUACAUAUCUAUACCGAAAAUUUACUCUUCGUGAAUGAGAAUAUCUAUUUAAUAUUGAAGAACAUUGAUUACAGACACGCGAACAACAAUUGAAGCACACCUGUGCUAUGCUAUCAGAAUUAUCGCGAAAAAAAUAUGAACACGACCGAAUGUACCGCGAUGAAUUAGAUUGGAAACAUUGGAUACAGUGUGAUGGCACUCCCAACCCUCUAGUUGUACAAGAUAUUAACACAUACCUGUUUGUCGAGAGACAAGUGACCUACACUAAUGACGACCAAAACACUUAUGUGAAUAAGUGUUUAGAGAUUUUCAACAUAAUGGAUGCUGUAGAUGACAUUGUGGAUUUGCCACUGGACUUUAGUAAGAUAGAUUAUGGAUAAGUUUAUGCAAUUUACAUUUAAAAUAACCAAAACUUUAGUCAAAGUUUUGUAAAGUUAUUACGUAAAUACUUAAUAGGUAAUAAAAAUGAAUUUGUUUUAGAUCAAUUUAAACUCCAAUGUUUUCGCGAAGCCAGGGAUAAUUUGGGUAGAUUACUCGUAGAAAUAGUACACGGAGUGUGUUAUCAUCUGUUGAGUGAUUACGAUCAUAGAAUGAUACCAGUGGAUUUAAAAACAGUGGAGUAUAAAAACUCAUGUGAAGCAUUUGCAGUAGGUUUGCAUGUCGUGUGCCACAGACCUAGGUUGAAAACCGACAACACACCAUCUCCGAAAUGCGAUUUUCCCGAAUGUCUGGUUAUGGUAGAAGUACCACCACAACUAUCGCAGCAUUAUAUAGCAAUAAUGGCUCUUUGGCUACGCUGGGACCCUUUUACAGAUAGAAUGACCGAGUUUGACGUCUCAAAAUCACCAGAAUUAGAUACUCGAGAUCUGUGGCAGUACUGGGAGGAUACCUGGGCAGAACGAAAUCAGAUAUUAGAAGAACCAAACAAAGAAAAAGAGCGAGCAGAAAAAGAACAGUGGCUUGCCGAAAUGGAAAAUAAACUUAAAUUGUUUGCAGCAGUAGAUCGAGUACAUUAUCCCGAAGAUUUAAAAGCAUACAUCGAAGAACUAGAAGCAAACGAGCCAGGCGAUAUUAUAGAUAUUAUACAGAGUGAACACUCUGACGAGGCAGACGAGGAAUCCCCCAGUCAAAUAUUAGAAAAAAAAAAACCGGAACCUCUAGAACAAACAGAAAAUAUUUCGAAUGCAUUAAAAUAUCCAGAAAAACCAAAUGAACUGAAUCCUAGAAGGUAAAUAUAUUACCUAUAACGUACAUAACAUACUGUGUAUUAACAAAAUGUAAUUAAAAAAUCAUUUUUAAUUGAACAUUAAUAAAGCAAAGGGAAUGCCGAAAAGUAAUUUUAUACCUAACAAAAAGUUAUUGCAUUAUUCCAUUCACUAAUAAUAUUUAUGGAUAAUAAACUAUUAUUACUUUAGUAUUCUAUAUAUUUUAUAAGUAUACAAAUAUUUUCAGUACAAUUUUCAUUCUCAUAAUGUAAUGACAUUUGUGACAACUACCAUCAUAUCCAAUUAAAAUGUAUAAAACAUAAAUCAUCUCCUCAUAGCUGCUGUAUUUUAAGUACUUCAAACUAUGUAUACAAAUAAAUAAUGAUUGAUUAAAAUUAUGUACGUAGAUAAUUUUAAAGUUUAGAGGUGCAUUCAAAGAUACCAAGUUUUACAUUUAAUGUUCUAUAGAUUUACAAUUUUAGUAAAUUUUGAAAUUGCAAUAAUUUUAAUUUUUGUUAAAUGGAAAACAAAAAAUAAACCAUUAUUUUUUUAAACUUUACCUUUAAGAAAACUAUAAGAAAAUCAAAAAACGACUUGCCAACUAGAUUAAAAAUGAAACAGAUAAGUAUUUUUGGCGUUUUUCUAUUGGAGCAAUAUUUCGGAUAGAAAACAUAAAUUAUAUAAAUUUAAAAUAAUGAAAUCGUAAUGCCAUAAAUUUGUUAUUUUUCAUUUUACUUUUUCUUUUUCUGAUUUUUCCUAACUAUUAUAAAAACCUCUUGAAAAAUCAAAAAUGACCUGAAAAAAAGUACUACUCUUGGUAAAUCGGAGCAAUUUUUCUUUUUUAAAACUUGCUGACAAAAACAAAAAAAAUCACAUCAAUGUAAAACCGAUAGAUUCAUCGCUAUACUUCGAAUACAACAAUAUAGUAUCUACAUAAAGUGCAAUUGUUCUUUAUUAUUUAAUUAGAUACUGGAUUAUUGGCGGAGCGUUUAAUGUGGAGAUGUGGAAACUCCCUAUGCAACCUGUAGAACAUCGAAAUGGCGCGUUGAGUGUGAUGAUCAUCGGGCCCUCAAUGCUCCAACCUAUCGAUUAUCAUGAAAAAUACGAACCGUUACAAUUAUCAAUGGGGUUUUCGUCAACGUCAUCGGAGGACGAAGAAACUGACGUUAAAAAACAAAACCAAGAAGCACUAAAGAGACUCGCACUGAUAAAUAUUAAGUUACCAGAAAACGUACUCUGGUUCGAAAAUCCUAAACCAGCCAUGUGGAAUGAAGACAGAAAAGUUUGGACUACUGAUUAUAUAUAUGAUAUAAGGUAAUAAAUUAUAAUAUAGUAUUUUUUUUUUUUCAUUGCUCAUCUAGGAUUAUUAUCAACUAAUAAAAACUAACUUAUAAUAAAAAGGAAAAAAGUACAUUUUCUGAGACGGUUAAACGUGGAUGUUUAGAAUAUGGAGAUAUAUUAACCUCCAAGAACUUUUUCAGUUAAAUAAUUAUAAAACGAAUAAUAUCAAUAAUAAGAAGUGUAAAAGAUAUUUAAAACCAUCAUUACCCAUGCAUCCAUUAUAAUAUAAAAUGUAUUAAUAAAUACACAAUAAUAUACUUAAACCAAAAAUUUGCGUUGUUUCUUUUAUGGACAACUUUUGGGGAGAAAACAUGUAUUGAGAUUUCAAAAUAUAUUAUUCAAAAAAUGAUUGCCUAUAAUUGACAAAAAUAUGUAUUAAUCCAAUAUGAUUGAAAAUAUUUAUCAUAAAGACCGUCGAUAAUUUUGAUAUCUCUUGAUAAAAACUGCAUACAGUUUUAAAAUAAAGGAAAUAUUAACACUUUAAUAAAAUACUAAUAAUGAAUUAGUAUUAUUUUCAAUGUUAAUUAAAUAAAUCGUAUUUGGCAUAUACUGAUUACUUAAACCCACAGACUAAAAAAAAAAAGACGGACAUACUUCAUAUCAUAGAUGGGCUACUGUUGUAGGUAAGAAGUUGAGAAGGUAGAGGGGAAAUUGAAUGUAUAUAUACACACAUCUAUAUGUAAUGAUUAAUCAUUUCUAACAAAAAAUGAUUCUGAGUGGUUUUCGGUUUUACAUAUUUUUAAAUGCCGUAAGGUUAGGUUAUUUACGAUUUGAAAAUAAUAAAUUUCUUAGAUUUUCCCAUAUUCCUACCGUUUUCCUCAAUGUACCAUUCACAGAAAAAAAAAUAAACAUCUUCGUAAAACUAUAAGCUUCUUCGCUCCACUCAGAAUCUAAAAUAAUCUAAAUAUCAUUGUAAACCAAUACAUUUUUCUCACCCCACUCAGAAAGCAAAAUCGAAAAUAAUGAAAUCAUUAUUUUCUACGUUUUUGUUGUUUUUUAUUGGAGCAAAAUUUCUAGUAGAAAACAUUAGUUACACAAAUUUAAAAUCAUGAAAUCGUUACGCCCAUAUAUGUUUUUUGUCAGUUUAUCUCAACAUUUUUUCUCAGGUUUUUAUUUUGAAAAUCAGUGGAAAAAUCAAAAUGUAGCCUCCUUAAAGUAUCAACUAUACACAAUUUCUUUUCAGAAAAUAUGUUACACUUUGAUACAUUGGUAUAAGAUUUCUGGUAAAAAUGUUAUAUAGUAUAAAAGAAAAACAUUAUUGUAAAACCAAUACACAUUUCGCUACGUUCCGAAUCUAAAAAAAAAAUGAGCUACUUAUAUGUAAUAAUCACCAUAAAUUCGAUUAUUUCUUAUCCUUUUUUAAUGUCUUUCGUUAUUUACUCUGAAACGUCACAGGCACGCAUAAUUCUGUUUCUGACCACUUUAACCUGUUGUCUAUCUUCGUAUUAUAUUUCUAUCUUCGUCCAUCAUUUUGAGCCUAACCAUUGAAAAAUAUUAGUUUGUAAUUAUUAUACAUAAUGAAUAUAUUGUAAUAAAUGUAUUUAUUAUUUCAUGGAGUAACUUCUGCAUAAUCAAUUACGUAUAAGUUAUUACUAAUUUGUUUUCUCUUUUGUAAUGAGAGAUUGUCCUGUUUAGAUUUAAUAAAUCAAAUGAAUAAUUUAACUACAUUUGUAUUUGAAACUAAUAACCUUACUCGACCUUACUAUUCGUCCAAUCAAUAGGUUUAACGAAGAGAAGCAAAUGGUGUCUUUCCGAGCUGGUCGAAUGGGUUCGUUCGGGCUGGCCGUCAACCGGUAUUCGAACUUCCCGUUCCAGUCGUGGGAAGUACGACCUGAAGGCGGGGCCAACGAAGGUGGCGUGGUGCUGUCUGUAACGGCGGCCACGGUACUUGUGGAAUUCGUGGUACGCGGUGACCACGUAGCUAUGGUUCAGCUGCAGAACGCCACCACGGUUGCCCUGCAGGAGAUGAUCGGUGCGUAUCACCGGCCGGACAGGCUGAUUCGAUUGUUGCGCCGUGGCGGAGUCAACCUGUUUCCUGCACCAGACGCGCGCCACUACGUCGAUAGCCACCGACCUCCCAAACAAGCUGUGACCGAGCGACACACGUACCGUUGCAUGGCCGCUCUGAGCAGCACACAUCAGUUCACUGCCUCCCGGUGGAACGUCAACGUACCCGCCGACCGAAUAAUAUUUCAGAUGAAGGAAAUACCGGUUGAUGAGUCGGGCAGCAGUGGUGACACCAGCGUCGGAGCCGGCGUGGGCACGCCAUACAAGAUGGUCAUGGUAACGCCGGAACGGGCCGUGCUGCUCAAGUGCAGUGAGGCUAGCCAAGCGUUCUCUGAAGAAUCUCAGUCCGCUUCAUUUACACCAGAUUUGUUUGCACUUGCCACGGAAGUCACGGAAGUCACGAGCAGUGACCAGGUGCGAACGUCUCUAACCAAUGUGGACGUCUCAAAGACCAUGGAAACUCUAUUCUAUUUGAUGGACAAAAUCAAAUUUUUCAGCUAUUCUUAGUCAUAUUAAUGCUCAAUGUUUGUAGAGAUCGUCUUAUACCGUCGUUAAUAUGAACCACGAAAUAACAGUAACACAAAUAUACGAUCAUUGAGUUUUAUAUUUUAUAAUGAGUUUAAUAGUAUUCAUCACUCAAUGAUGUACUAUUUUGUACUAGCUAGAAAAAAUAUUGAACUAAGAUCAACAUUGAGAAUAU